AUGUUAAAUGGUGGGAUGCUAAAGGAGAGAUUUGAGAUUAAUUUGGACGAGCAUUAUGUGAAAGAUAGCUAUGAGGAUAUUCUGAAAAACAGAAGCCGACAAUGGUGCUACAAGUUAAAACAAUUGUUUGAAAGUGCACACUCAGAGGAAGAAGCUCGUAAAAUUGAAGUGCCAGAGUUGACCCCAGAAAAUUGGAAUAGACUUUGUGACAUGUGGAUUGAUCCAAAACAUAAGAAACGAUGCAACAAAAACAAGGUCAAUCGAACUAAGCUUAAAUCUAAUCAUUUCAUGGGAUCAAAAACAUUUGUAGCAGCUCGUGCUGAACUUGGUGAAAAUGAACCUGAAAAAGUAGAGCCUGACAGAAUCAAGUUCUACAAGCAUACUCAUUACAAGAGUAAGAAAGGAUGGUCAUCUUUAGAGGCUGAGACUCACUAUAACAACAUGAAAGAUUUGAAAGAUCUAUAUACUUCGGGAGAGGCUUCCAUGACUACCGAUGAAAUUGUGGAUACCGUACUUGGUACAAAGUUGGGGUACAUAAGAGGACUUGGUUAUGGUCCAAAACCUAAUACUACAAGAGCUACACAAAGGAAAACGGCAGAGUUAGAGGACUCCCUCAGAAAAGCGAAACAGGAAGCUGCUAGUGCCCAAAAUAAUUUACAGAAUCGAUUAAAUGCCACUGAAACUGUGGUAGAAAACCAGCAGACUCAAAUACAAGACCAGCAAUCUCAAAUAGAAGCAUUAAACUCUCAAUUGAAUACUAUUGUGGCACGCCAAGAGGAAAUGUUUAGGAAAAUGCAGUGUUUUGCUCGCUCAUCGCCUUCUAAUAGAGACGGAGCUCCAUGAGAAUGCCAACUUUAGGUAUAAAAGGUGAGAAUUGAAUCAAGACUAAUGCAAGACAAGUAUCACCAUAUUAUUGAUACUUUGGAAGAAAUUUUUACUUUUCUGUCUUGGUUUAGGAGUAAUAUUUCUUCUAUUUCAGUUAGAUUUUCUUGUUAUUGGACAUAUUUUACUUUAGUUCAUGGAGCUUGUUAAAGUACCUUCAGAUAUUUUAGUAGUUUUUAAUUGUAAUGGAUAGAUUUCAUUAUUAUCUAGCAUGUUUUAUUAUUU